AUGUCUGUUGUAUCUUGUUUAAGCAUAGUUUUGCUAUGUUUAAGGUCAGUCACUGGUGCCAAAGUAACUCCUCCACCAGAUGUGGAGCAACUCAUUGAAUUCGCUGACUUUGCUUCAAUUGCAUAUUGUGUGAAUAAGAACCUCGAUACGGGACCUUUGAAGACUUCAUGUUCUAAACCAUUUUGUAAAGCUCAUGAGAAGGUUGAGAUAGUUAAGAUGUUUGACUUUAAUGAAUCGAGACAUUUGGGUCAAGGAUUCUAUGCGCUUGAUCAUGAAAAGAAAAGAGUCAUCUUAACUUUUAGAGGCACUUCGAGUUAUAUCGACUGGCUUCAAGAUUUUGAUAUCGUUCAAGUACCUUAUCAAACAAUCACACCCACUGCAAAGGAGAACAAGUGCAAAGAUUGUAAGGUUCAUCGGGGAUUCCAUAAAUUUGUGACAAGCAAUUGUGAUUCCAUUGUUAAGGAUGUGAAGCAAUUACUGGUACUGAACCCCAAUUAUGAUUUGGUGAUUAUUGGACAUUCAUUAGGUGGAGCUUUGGCUCAUUUAACAGGCUUGGAAUUUCAAGUUAUGGGUUAUCAUCCUUUAGUGGUUACUUUUGGAGAACCAAUGGUUGGUAAUUGGCAGUUUGCUGAGUUUAGUAACUCCCAGUUUCAAAUGGUUAAUGUUGCGGAUACUAUUUCAAGUAAUUCGGCUUUAACUGGAGGCCAUAUUAGGGUAGUACAUAUUAAUGAUCCUGUUCCUCAUCAACCACUGUUACCGUCUUAUUCUUACUGUGGAUACGAAUAUUUUAUCAAUAAAGAUUCAUUUCCUCAUGGGGCUAGGAACAUCGAACGGAAGGGUAUAAAAACUGGGUCCAGCUUAUUUUCUUCCACUUCAACCUGGAACCCAAGUAAGUUAAUUCCUGAAAAUCCCAUCAGUGCUGCUCAUCGUAACUAUUUUAGAAGAAUCACUGGAUGUCUGGAUGAAUAUAGUCAAUGA